CCGGGAGUUAGCGAAACCAGAAGCAGUCAACAGCUAGAAGAAUUGAGUCGCUCCUAUCCUUGGUGCUCCCAACUCCCAGAAGCUAGAAAAAUGUUAAACAAGUUAGCUGUUGCUUGCAUUUUUGCCGCUUUCGCUGUACUUAUUUUCCCGCUUAUUCAAGGACAAGAGGGUGAGCCUGCUGCUGUUGAAAUACCUGAAGACUGCAUGAAAUGUUUGUGUCGAGCUAGCUCAUUUUGCAAUUUGACUGCCCCGUGCACAACUGGAUCACAAUACCUCUGCGGCCCUUUUCUCAUUGGGGUUAAUUACUGGGCAGAUGCAGGGCAACCUACCCUCUUACCAGACGACGACCCUAACGCAACAGGAGCCUUUGAGGCUUGCGCCCAAAAUAAAACAUGCGCUGAACGAACUGUUCGUCAGUAUAUGAACGAAUAUGCGCAGGAUUGCAAUGAAGACGCCGUUACUGACUGUGAGGACUUCGCUCGCAUCCAUGUUUUGGGAAAAUCCGACUCCUGCUUUGCUAAGAUGGAAGGUUUACCGUUCUACACAGAGUUUCGCAAAUGUCGGGAUAGUCCUGUCGUAGUGUGAUAGACUUUUACUAUUAUAGCAGUCCCAGUCCCAAAUUUAUUCCUUCAUUGCGUACCCAUUUUAUUUGCUACAUUUACCUCAUCUUGCGAAAAUGAGCAACCGUAUAGCUUCACCUUUCCAAAAGGCGACUGCGAUAACCUGAAUGGUUACUUAUUAACCCUGCGCUUAUCCCUUUUGAUGAUCUGUUAUUGUUUUUAUAUUGUACGAAUAAAGCGGUUGGUCAAAAUA